AUGGAGCGUAUCAGGGAACUCCUAGGAAAGCACCGCAAGCCGGAUCGCCAGGAGUAUGAGCCGCUGGCCGAAGAGGGCCGCGAGCUCGAGGGCUCCACGUUGACGGAAGGCCUUGAGGAGGUGCCCUUCUCCUGGACCGAGUACAUCAUGUUUGCGUGGUUGGGCAUGGCGAUGCUGUGGGCAUGGAACAUGUUCCUCGCGGCCGCGCCCUACUUCCAAGUCCGCUUCCAGUCCGACGCCUGGAUCUCGCAAAACUUCCAGUCCGCCAUCCUCACCGUCUCGACGCUGACCAACCUCACGGCCAUGCUGGUCCUCACAAACAUCCAGUACGCCGCCUCGUACCCCUUCCGCAUCAACCUCGCCCUGCUCCUCAACUGCGUCAUCUUCUCCCUCCUGACGGCCUCCACCUCGCUCGCCCUCGACGCCUCCCCGGCCGCCUACCUGGCCUUCAUCCUCGUCAUGGUCGCCUCGAGCUCCUGGGCCACCGGCCUCAUCCAGAACGGCGCCUUCGCCUUCGCCGCCUCCUUCGGCCGCCCGGAGUACAUGCAGGCCCUCAUGGCCGGCCAGGGCGUCGCCGGUGUGCUGCCCCCGAUCGCCCAGGUCAUCACCGUCCUCGCCGUCCCGGAGAAGGAUGGCGCCGCCCCCGACACGGGCGGCGACGCCAGGACCCUGAGCUCCUCGGCCUUUGUCUAUUUCCUCGCCGCCGUCGCCGUCUCCGUCUCGGCCCUGGCCGCCUUCAUCCCGCUCGUCCGCCGCCACAACCACAUCGUCGAGUCCCGCAUGGUCGACCACAUGGCCGAGUCGCUGACUUCGGUCCAGGAGGCGGAGCGCGCCGCCCGCAAGGUCGUCUCCCCGCUCCGCCUCCUCAAGAAGCUGCACUGGCUCGCCGGCGCCAUCUUCAUGUGCUUCGCCGUCGCCAUGUUCUUCCCCGUCUUCACCGGCAAGAUCCUCUCGGUGCGCUACCCGGGCGACGAAAAGUCCCCCACCGGCUCUCUCUUCCGCCCGGCCGCCUUCAUCCCGCUCGCCUUCUUCGCCUGGAACCUCGGCGACCUCUCCGGCCGCAUGGCCACCAUCCUGCCCUUCUCCCUGCGCCACCGGCCCGCCGCCCUCUUCGCCGUGAGCCUCGUGCGCAUGGGCUUCCUGCCGAUGUAUCUGCUCUGCAACAUUGGCGGCCGGGGCGCCGUCGUCAGCAGCGACUUCUUCUACCUCGUCAUCGUCCAGUUCCUCUUCGGCCUGACCAACGGCUGGCUGGGCUCGAGCUGCAUGAUGGCCGCCGGCGAGUGGGUCGAGGAGGGCGAGCGUGAGGCGACGGGCGGCUUCAUGGGCCUGUGCCUCGUGGCCGGGUUGACGACGGGCAGUCUUUUGAGCUUCACGGCCGGCGGCAUUUAG